CAGAGUCUGUCAGUCUAAAGCGCGUUCAUCAUCCACCAUCCAUCCCAAGAUUCCUCUCGACUGUGCCAUUACUGGAGUCUUGAUUCAAGCAAACGGUUCUUACUGUAGAUGUAGGUCACCAACACAUGACCAGGGUGGCCUGAGUCCUCCACCAGAAACAAAUCAUAAGAGGAAAAGAACAAGGGUUUAUGAUCUUCGGAGCAUUUUGUGGUGAGACAUGGAGCCCAUCAGCACGACCACCCUGCCAAAUGCCUCAAACACAGACCAAGGCCACUGCAAGGGGCAAUGCAGGGUGAUUCUGAUAACACUCUAUGGCGUGGUUUUACUCGGAGGCACUACUGGAACAGUAUUGAUGUCACGUAUGAUGUUCAAAAGGAAAAGCCAAUCAAUGAUUGCCAUGAUCGUUGUCAAUAUCAUAGUGCUGCACUCAGUCCUCCUGGUCAGCCUUCCAUUCCGCCUCAGCUAUUAUAUCUUAGAGGUCUGGGAGUUUGGAACCUUUCUCUGCCGAUUGGUCAGCAGCAUAUUAUAUGGUCAUAUGUACGUCACCUUUUUUUUCUACGUGGCCAUUGUCAUACUCCGAUUGCUCAUCUAUUUUAAGAAACUCCAAAUGCAACAGUUGCAAAAGUGCCAUGCGGUAGUUUUAAGCAUUGUUAUUUGGACCAUGAGCGGCCUCAUUUUUUUGCCAAUAUUAUUUUUACAAUAUGGCAUAAAUCCAAGUUACUCAAAACAACGACGAUGCUUUGAGUUCUACAAAGAUAUCAACCGCAGAGAAUUCAUUAUCUUGAACUACUCUAUGAUUGUUAUCAUGAUCACAACGGUUGGGGUCCUCUUCCUGAUACAGAUGGGCGUCAUUCUCCAACAGACAAAAGCUCUCUGGCCUGACAUGUGGGCCCAUCAAGACUAUAGAGCUCAAAUCAAGAGCUUCUUCUUCCUUCUAGUAAUAGUGGUCUGUUUUAUACCCCAUCAUGUAUUCCGGGUACACUUUAUUCAAAAUUACUCAGAGAUAGACAAUUCUGAGUUAGUUCUUUAUAACGAAAUUUUUGUUGCUUUAACUACUGUCUGUUGCCUGGAUAUGGUGUGCUUCAUAGGUGGAGUUAUCCAUUAAAUAUUCCUCGUCACUUGCUUUGUAAUCAGCUUUUUACCAUUGUGACAAAAUAGUUUCAAAUGAAUGACUGCUACCAUGAUUCCAAAUGUUUCAAUGCUCUGCUCUUAAUUAUCACCAAAAUUGUUUUUCCAUGAAAAGGUAGAAGAUUGACAGUUUCUUCUCUUCUGAGAGAACGACGAUCUGUUCUCCAUUAACUAUAGAAUAUAUUCAAUUUCCAUAGCUCUACACAAAUUGACCCCCAAAAUCCUUUCGACACUCAACUCCUACCCCUUUUUCAGGAGAUACUUCUGCUAAGCACAACUAUUGCCUUUCCCUAUGCAGUAAUCCAGGCUGUUCUCUUUGCAUUUGCUCUUGCUGGGCUUUGAUCUUAGAAUGUUAUUUCCCUCCGUCUCCAAACUAUCUACUCAAGGUCCAGAGAACCUGAAGAUAUGGAUUGUAGGAGACUUAACUUUUUCAACCGAUGCUCAACCUGAGAUACAUGCCUCUUGAAAAUGACUGAUAGACAGUAAAGCUAUGGCUGCUGGCCAUGGUAUUUAGAGGAAAGAACCAGCUUAGUCAAAUGACUUAGAGGAAGUCCUUUCAGGAUUAAUCGAGCAUUAAUAUGGUUUGAUUCUGACUAAGACUUAGUAGGGACUCAGGAAACAGAAUGCCUCCCAUAUCACUCCAGACAUGGAUCUGUUAAGCAGAAAAAGAAAUUGGAAAAGGUGGAAAGCAUCUGGACUUAGUCUAAGCAUGCUGGCAGACUAUAUUACAGCCCAAACCUUUGAGAAUGUGAGACUAUUCUUAACCUUGUUCAAGGCACCCUUUAUGACCAAGUAGUGUUAUAUAAUGAAAAUCAAUUCUGGUAUCAGUUAAAAUCAAUAAAAAUAACCAAGACAACCCACUUGGAUUGAGAUAAGUAGAAUCCAAGUGGGUCGUCUGUUAUUUUUAUUGCGUUAACUGAUACUUAACUGAUAUAGGAAUUGACAUGCUCUGGGGUGGCUGGGUGGCUCAGUAGGUUGAGUGUCCAACUUCAGCUCAGGUCAUGAGCUCACGGUUCGUGAUUUCGAGCCCUGCGUUGAGCUCUGUGCUGACAGCUCAGAGCUUGGAGCCUGCUUGGGAUUCUGUAUCUCCCUCCCUCUCCGUCCCUCCCUGGCCCAUGCUGUGACUUUCUCUCCCUCUC